AUGGAAGAGAGUUUGGAAAUUUUAUCAAUGGAGCAAUCUUCUAAUACAAAAGAAGAAGAAGUUGAAAUUUUUCAUUCGAGAACAUCUCUUAUUGAAUGGACCAAAGAUAAAGGAAAGCAACAUGGAAUUAUUAUAGUAAUUAAGAGAUCUGAUUCAGGUGAAAGUCGAAAAGCAAGAAUUAAAUUUGCUUGUGAAAGGAGUGGCAGCUAUCGACAACAGAUGAAGACAAUUGAAGGAAAAAAGAGAAAAAUUGAUAGGAGAACAUCGACAAAAAAAUGUGGUUGUCCAUUUUUAUUGAGUGCACAAAAAUUAGCAACAGCUGAUGAUUGGACACUCACAGUCGUGUGUGGAUUUCAUAACCAUUCAAUUGCAAAACAUCUCGAAGGACAUUCUUUCGCCGGGAGGUUGACUCUGGAAGAGACAAAGAUAUUAGUUGAUAUGUCAAAGUGUAAUAUCAUGCCAAGAGAAAUUCUAGCUGUGAUCAAAGAAAAAAAUAAAUGUAAUGUCUCAACGAUAAGGACAAUAUACAAUGCAAGACAAAAACACAGAAUUCGAGAAAAGGCAGGCAGAUCCCAAAUGCAACAAUUGAUGAGAAAGCUAAGUGAGCAUAACUAUAUCGAGUGGCAUAGAUAUGAAAAAGAUACUAAUACAGUUAGAGAUAUAUUUUGGGCACAUCCAUUCGGAGUUGAUUUACUUCAUAUUUUUCCUCAUGUAUUAGUUAUGGAUUGCACUUACAAGACUAACAGGUAUCGUCUUCCUUUGUUAGAGAUUGUUGGAGUUACAUCGACUGAAUACACAUUCUCUAUUGCGUUUGUUUUUCUUAAUUCAGAACAAGAGGAUAACUACACAUGGGCAUUGGAUAGAUUAAAAACUAUGAUGGGCAUUGACUUUCUUCCUAAUGUAAUUGUCACAGAUAGAGAAUUGGCGUUAAUCAAUGCUAUUGAAAAGGUCUUCCCUGCUGCAAAACAUCUUUUGUGCCGAUAUCAUAUAUCUAAUAAUGUGUUGACUAAAUGUCGAAAAAAAUUUGAGUCAAAAGAAAAGUGGGAUAAUUUUCUUUCUGAUUGGAACAUACUCACUUUAUCAUCAUCAGAAAGUGAGUAUAAUAAGAGACUCAAAGCACUUGAAGAAAAUUAUGGUAGAUAUUCACAAGCAAUUGAUUAUGUCAAAGAUGUGUGGUUGAAUAAAUAUAAAGAAAAAUUUGUUUCUGCAUGGACAAAUUUAGUAAUGCAUUUUGGCACUACUACUACAAAUAGGGUAGAAAGUGCACAUGCAAAGCUAAAGAGAUACUUACGCUCAUCACAAGGAAAUUUUGAGACUUCAUGGUCUACAAUACAUAAUUUACUAGAGCUACAACACACAGAGAUAAAAGCGUCGUUUGAGAAAAGUUUGACGACUGUUCAACAUAAUUUUAAGCCUACAUUAUUCAAAGAAUUGAGAGGAUUUAUUUCAAGAUGUGCCCUUGAUAAGGUAUUUCAAGAGUCAAAGCGAGGUGAUUGGGUUGGAUUUGAUAUUCAUGCUUGUGGGUGUGUUAUUCGUCGCACGCAUGGAUUGCCAUGUGCCCAUGAGAUUAAUGAAUAUCAGUUAGAAGGACGAGCUAUUCCCUUAGCAUGUAUAAACUCUUAUUGGAGGAAGCUUGACUUGGUAAAAUCUACCAAAAAUGAAGCUAACGAAAUAAGUUGUGAUGCAGAGAUUGAAUUAUUUCUUAGACGGUUUCAAGAGGUCGAUAUUCCUACUAAAUUACACUUACAAAGAAAGUUAAGGGAGUUAGCUGAACCAUCAACAACUUUUCUUGUUGAACCAGAGGUGAAAAUGAAUACACGUGGUCGACCACCUUCAAAAUUUGAUCAUUCUACUCGUCAAGAUCCAUCUGCUUUUGAAUAUGUUUCUGCUAAAUACGAUAAAUCUUUUAUUUCUUCUAAUUUGAAUACGAAGAAUAAAGAUGUACGUCAGAACACUUCACAGCACUCACAAUCAUAUCUAAAGUCAUUACCAUGUGAGUUGAAACCAUACAUUCGUUUUGUUAAAGAUGUAGAAAGUGAUGGAAAUUGUGGUUUUCGAGCUAUUGCAGACUUGAUGGGCAUGGGUGAGGAUAGUUGGAUGCAAGUUAGAAAAGACUUAAAGAGUGAAUUAGUUUCUCAUAGAAAUGACUAUAAUUUACUUUAUGGUUGUCCUGAUAGAGUGGAUGAACUACUUCAUAUUUUAUCAUAUUUUAAGAGCUACCCAAGCUUUAAAUAUUGGAUGACCAUGCCUGAUAUGGGACACAUUAUAGCUUCUCGUUAUAAUAUUGUCUUAGUGCACUUAUCAAUACAACAAUGUCUGACAUUUUUCCCACUUAGAUCUAAUCCUUUGCCAGCUAUUUUACACAAAAUCAUUACAAUUGGUUUCGUCAAUAAUAAUCACUUCAUUGAGGUAUUCAUGCAACAUAAUUCUCCAAUACCGCCUGUUGCUACUAAUUGGGUUAGGUACCUCUAUUCAUGUGCAGAAGGAUGGCAAACUCCUUAUGAAGUACGAAUGAGAGUAUUUCGUGACUUAGUUGGGAAAGAAGUAGCAACACAAGAGACUAUUAAUUUAGAUACUCCAUAA